AUGGCGUUCACAUUCGGCGCCAGGUAUGUGCAGCAGCUGAGUGCGUCCCAAAGUGACCAGUCUGAGCCUGCUGACCAGGCUCCCACGGCCACCAUUCCGAGUGAGCUGCCUGGUGAAGUCAGCCAGCACCUGCAGAGGCUCACAAAACGGGAUGGGACCACCAAGAUCAAGGCGCUGCAGGCCCUCGGGAGGUGCAUCGCGGAUGGGCCGCCCGAUCAGGCCGUGCUCAUCCUCCCCUACUGGUCCUUUGUGGUCCCACGCCUGGUCCUGGACGCCAACCGAUCUGUGCGGCUGGAGUGCGUGCGUGUGAUGGGCGCCAUGGCCGGCGCAGCCGGCCGGCGGCUCGCACCCCAGCUGGGCAACAUCAUGGGGCCCUGGCUCCUCUCCCAGUCCGACGAGAAGCUGGAGGUGGCGCGGGCCGCGCGGGAGACCCUCUCCGCGACGUUCCCGGGGCCCAAGCGUGACAUGGCCAUCCAGCACUGCUGGCGUCAGGUCACGAGGUACCUGUCGCGCCUAAUGGCGGCCAGCCCCGAGGCCCUGGGUGACGCCAAGACGGAGACCAAGGAGGAGUUGAGCGACCGGCAGGCCCAGGCGCUUCUGGGUUGCUGCGGCCUGCUCGCCGAGCUGGCCGGCUGCGCCGAUGCAGGGGCGCUGCCUGAUGUACAGCGCCUCCUCGUGUCACCUGUCUUCCUGAAGGCAGUGAUGACGCAUGCCUCCCCCGCCCUCCGGCGGGCCGCCUACCGCCUCAUGGCCGAGGUCGGGCGGAGGAAGCUGCUCUCGGAGGUGCGCGAGGGCAUGCAUCCGAGCCUCUCCCUGUGUGGUGGGACCUCAUAUGCCAGCGUCAUCGCACCGGCCUAG